AAUGCCAACGAAAAAUUACCAGUAUUUAGUGCACGCGCAUUUGGCAUACUAAAGUUUAUGAUUUUUACGGUUGUUUUGCUGCCUGCAGUUAUUUAUACAGUCAAUAAUGCAGUGUGCAUCACCUACCAGAUAUCUAGACGAUGACCCAGAUCUUUGUGUGACACCUUUACGUGAAUUGAAGAAUUUGGACGAGAGGAAACCUGUCAGAGUUCGAUUCGAUAAAACGGUUAAAAUACAAGAAGUGUCCCCAAAUCAAUCAUCUUCUCUAGAUCUUUCUAUGUCAGACAACGAGAAUAAUAGUUUAGAAAUUAUAGACAUUCAACCGAAAACAUUAGUUUCUCAUGAUUUUACAUUAUCGUCGAAAAUCGAUUUAUCCGAACCAGUAGAAAAUGUUCUUUUCCGUCCAGAACUCAAUUCCACGCUCAGAACUAAACAAAAAAUGAAAUUGAUCGAGCAAGAGGAAGUUGACCUAUGUUCAGCUGUUGAAAAGAAGCUCAAAACCCCGUCCGUAAGGGAGUUUGUUAAGGGAAAGAUAACAUCCAAAGUAAACGCAAAUGAAGAUUUUUACAGGAAUUUGCAAAGUGUAGAUACGAUGGAAAAUGAAUCUCUCUUUAUUAAACCUGUAAAAACAACCAAGCAGAGAGAAGCCAAAGAAGCCCUUGUUGAUUCACCGAUGUUAGACGAAUUCGAUAGGGGAAAUAUUCAAAAGGAAUCUUUGUCUUUAACUUUACAUAGUCAACCUCGUUUCGAAGUUGGUUUAGUAAGAGUUCCACCUUCAGCUGGAUUUAUUGUUUACGAACAUUCAAGAACAUACGACGGUUUAGCUUAG